CAAGGACGUGUUCGGUGUGAACGACCCUGAAUUUUGUCCCAGCGCGUGCUGUGCAGACGGGGUGUAAGAGGAGAACAAUAUUUUUGCCUUUUACUGCCCCGAAAGAGAUCAGUGACGUAGAGAAUCCAGAAACUUGUGGAAAGUGUCGGGAAAAACAGAUUGCGGUCUAUGAACUCCAUCUCCAGCAACGGAAAUGCGGGGAUACACAAAAACUCCACAUAUUCGCUUCCAUGAAGCGCUUUGUGUCUUUUAUUUUCUACUUUAUGUCAAUAGUUGCGUUUGUGCCGCUGCGGAAGUGUCGGACAAAACCGAAGUUUUGGACAAAAAACAACAUCUCGAGUUAUACAGGAAAGGUGUGUUCCUUUUGGAGAGUAUAUCACAGAAGCGGUGCCUCUCUGCAAAUUCGACCGGUCUGUCUUUGAUCAGCUGUGAACCCCCGUCAGCUGCCCUGCUCUGGAAAUGGGUGUCCCGGCAUCGUCUCUUCAAUCUGGGCACUAGCAGAUGCCUAGGGAUGACCAACUUGCCUGACGUGGGCAUCUUUGAGUGUAAUGCUUCCCUCCCUACGAUGUGGUGGCGCUGUAAGGGGAGCAUGUUGUAUGGAGCGAUGUAUAAUAAGCUGGCAGUAGUGGAUUCCAGGGUGGUGGUGAAGAGAGCUACUUUGCAUCUGUGGAGGAUUUAUGGUGCGGCCGGAGAAGGUCCCUGCGCUUACCCAUAUGAAGAAAUCCACACGCUACAAGGAAACUCACAUGGCAUGCCCUGUUCCCUUCCCUUUAAAUACAACAAUAAAUGGUUGUGGGAUUGCACCUCUGAGGGGAGAGAGGACCGUCACCUCUGGUGUGCUACCACAAACCACUACGAUCAGGAUGAGAAAUGGGGCUUCUGCCCCAAUCCAGUGACAGGCUGUGGUGAAUUCUGGGAGAGCCACCCUGAGCUGAAUGCCUGUUACCAGUUUAACUUGUACUCAAUUCUCACCUGGAGCCAAGCACUUACUUCCUGUCAAUCACAAGGCGCAAGCCUGCUUGCCAUCACACAUUCCAAUGAACAGAUCUAUAUGAAAGAAAGGCUUUCAGAUAUGGGUGUGAUGGUCUGGAUUGGAUUAAACCACCUCAGUCAGGAUGGGGGAUGGCAGUGGUCUGAUGGAUCUCCUUUGGAUCUUGUCAGUUUUACCUCAGAUCUGUCCUCCACACCGGUGCAGCAAAACCAGCAGUGUGGGGUGUUUAACUCUACUCAGGGUUCCUGGCAGAGUCUGUCCUGUGAGUCAGCUUUGCCCUACAUCUGCAAGAAAACCAACAACUAUAGCCAGAAAGCAGAGCCACUAGAUAACUGGCAAUAUAAAGAAACGGUUUGUCCCGAUGGCUGGUUGGAACAUAAUGGCUUUUGUUACCGCUACCUGGAAGAGAAGGCAAGCUGGGACAAAUCUUCCAGUGCAUGCAAGUCCCUCGAUGCACAGCUGGUCAGCAUCCACUCGCUUUCCCAACAGGAACUGCUGCUAAAACUGCUCUCAAAUGGCUCCAACUCUAAGGUGUGGAUUGGUUUGUACAAGGAAGUAAAACAUCAAGCAGUCCAAUGGUCAGACAAUUCUUCUGUCACAUUCACAUCCUGGUACUCUCAGGAGCCUUCCCAUCGCCAUGGCGACAAACGCAUAUGUGUGACAGCAGACUGGAAGGAAGGCAGCUGGCAGUUUGAGGAGUGUGAGGAGCAGCAUGCAGCAGUGUGUAAGACAUCAGGUCUUGUUCCUCAGCAUCCUACAGGUGAAUGGGAUGACGACUGUCCAGAGAGCUGGAGGAGGAAAGACAGCUGGUGUUAUAAGGUCACCAAUCAGGAGCAGACAUUUGAAGAUGCAGUGAAAGGAUAUUACUGCAAAGCUCCACUUGUUACUAUAGAGAGCAAGUUUGAGCAGGCCUUUCUAAACAGUCUGAUCAGUGAAAUGGGCGGAUCUGAUUCCCAAUCCUACUGGACAGCUCUGCAGGACAGGAACAGAACAGGAGAGUACCACUGGUUGACCCAGAAUGGCUCCUCUACACCCCUCACAUACACCAACUGGAACCGACACCAGCCAGUUACUGGAGGUGGCUGUGUGCUGAUGUCUGGGGGUCAGACUCUGGGUCACUGGGAGGUGAAAAACUGCCAUGCCUUUAAAGCCCUGGCUGUGUGCAAACAGGAAGUGAAUGGUAACCAUGACGUCCCAAGGUCUUUGCCACACAUAAAUACAAGUGCACCAUGCCCAACAGGAUGGGAGAGUCGCACAGGCCUGCCACACUGUUACAAGGUGUAUCACAGUGAAAAAGUCCUGAUGCAACGCACCUGGUCGGAGGCUCAGUUCUUCUGCCGGGCUUUGGGUGCUGACCUAGCCAGUUUCCAUCACUAUGAGGAUCAGGCUUUUGUCAAACAGCUCCUUUCCACCAUGUUUCAAAGUACAGAGGGUCGCUGGUUUUGGGUGGGCUUCACAAAGAGAAACCCAUGGUCUGAUGGAGCCUGGGAGUGGUCAGAUGGCACACCGGUGGUGACAUCAUUCAUCGAGGAUAUGAAUGAAGUGGACUCUCGAACUUGUGCUGUGUACACUGAACUCACUAACACUCUCACUCCCCAGUCAUGCGAUUCCAAAUAUGAAUGGAUUUGCAAGGUCCCUAGAGGUGCACAGUUGAUAAAGCCAUAUUGGUAUAGUGACCAACACGAGCCGUGGGUGUUUUUCCAUGGGGCUGAAUACUAUUUUGUCAAUAAGCCAUUUCCCUGGCAGUCUGUGUCUUUUGCCUGUAAGAUGAUGGGAGCAGAUCUACUUUCUGUUCACUCACGUGACGAGCUGGACUUCAUCAAAGAACGCAUAAAGAAGGGCUCUGAAUAUUGGUGGAUUGGGUUGUCUGCUAACAGUGGACACAAUGGCUUCAGUUGGGCUGAUGGAUCUGCUUUGGAUUAUGAGAACUGGGAAAAUGGGCGUGUUUAUCGAAAGGCUGGCCAAAAUUGCGUACAGAUGUCUUCUGUGACUGGACAGUGGUCGGCAAGAAGGUGUACAGAUCUCCAAGGGUACGUGUGCAAACGCAGGACAGUGGCUAUAGUGGAGGUCCCACGUGAGCCUCAUUAUAUUGGCAGCUGCCCAGAGAACUGGUUCUACUAUGGACACAAGUGUCUGUUUCUGCAUCUCCCAGCCUGCCCGGAAGAGGGGAAAACUUGGCAUGAAGCUCAGUCCAUCUGCUCAUCCCAUCACGGCACUCUGGUCUCUAUAGAGGAUGAAAUCGAGCAAGCCUACAUCGUCAUGCUUCUUCACGGCCGAUCAGCAGGGGUUUGGAUUGGCGCACAUGGCGUCUUAUCUCGCAAAUGGACCAAUGGGAAGCCCCUCGACUAUAGUAACUGGGAGACAUUACACCAUUAUAAAGUUCCUGAAGAACCUCUCUGUACUUACCUAUCUAACAGUCACAACUUCCGUGUGACAGGGGUAUGGCAAGAUGAGAUCUGUACCGAGAAUGUCUACGGCUUUGUCUGCCAAAAGCCACAAGACCCCACCAAACGUCCCACCCACCCCUAUUAUACCUCUGCCUCUCUGGACUCAUCUGAGUAUAAGAACCACAGUUACCGGAUCAUCCAUGGCAACUUGAGCUGGUAUGCGGCACAGAAGGGCUGUUCGGACAAGGGGGCUGCACUUGUGAGCAUCACAGACCCGUUUCAGCAGGCCUAUCUCAGUGUGCUGUUGAACAGGCUGGGAGCUUCAUACUGGAUCGGCCUCUUCAGUACAGAUGAUGGUAUAUCUUACCAGUGGUCAGAUGGCACUGAGGGCUCCUUCACUCACUGGGAGGUGUCUAAUUAUUUCCCAGAGGGGCCAAUGGGAGAAGGAGGUUGUGUGUCCAUGGAUGUAAAUGGACGUUGGAAAGAGGCAGAAUGUGACAUGCAGUUAUCGGGAGCAAUAUGCUAUAUUCCUCCCCCAAAAAGCAUUGCUUUCUCCUAUGAAGUGGUGUGUCCUGAGACCUGGGUGAAGUUUCGUGGGAGCUGCUAUAAUUUUAAAUCGGUUAUGAUGGAGAUGACCCUGGAGGAAGCGAGAGAUCAUUGUAAAAAGACAGGGAAUUCUUCAGAAGUUAUGACAGUUCAGGAUGAGGAGGAGAGCCGUUUCUUCCUUAAAGAGAUGUGGCAUUAUUACCAUGGGCCUCAGAACUUAUGGCUGGGAAUUCUCUAUGACACAGACAAUGAUGCUUUGACACGAUUUGAUGGCUCACCGCUCCAGUUCACAAACUGGCGUUCCAAAGCUCCAGAUGCGAGCGUGAUGCAGGCUGACACGUGUGUGACUUUGCGGGUGUCAGAUGCUGUGUGGCAGUUAGCCAACUGCAGGGACAGACUGGGCUUCAUCUGCAAAACCUCAACAGGUGCUAUCAAAGAGGUUGAAGUGGAGCCACUAAAAGGUCUGCACCAAGGUGUCAUCUCUGUGGCGGCAUUGGUGGCCAUUUUGCUCUUUGCUGUGAUGAUUGGCUCGUUGUGGCUCCUUUACAAAAGAAACUCUCUGUGUAUCCGAAGGCUUCCAUCAUUUGGCAGUGCCUACUACAGACAGACAAACUCUCAAUCCAGUGACCAGGAUGAAAAUGUUUUGCUCCCAGACUUGGAGACACAAGCAGGGGACUAAUGUGUGUGUGUGUGUGUGUGUGUGUAUGUGUGUGUUUGUGUGUGUCUGUGUAGAGAUGCAUGUAAGUGUUUGUAUUUUAUGUGAGUGAGUGUGUGUGUAUUCACAUUAGCAUUAGUUCAGUCAGGGAGACUGCAGUGGAAAUAGGAUGAAUCUGAAAUGAAGAUUCUCAAGUUGUCUGUCCAUGCUGUCGCUAAGGGAGGAUAUUAUGCACAUACUAGUCUUAUGAAGCAUUAUGAAAGGGAUAUCCUUUACAAAGUGAGAGAUUGGGCUUUUUCUUCACAUUUGAUCAUAUUCAGAGCAACAACAAGCUGUAAAAACUAAUAUUUGCCAAAUGCCUUGUUUUUUUUAUAGGAAUAGUUAACCCAAAAAUGAAAAUCAAUUUACUCACCCACUUGGCAUCCCAGAUACAUACAGUACUGUGCAAAAGUCUUAGGCACAUAAGAUGUUUCACAAAAACAUUAACCUUAAGAUAGUUAUGUAUAUCUUCAGCUUUAGUGUGUCAGUAGGAAAUAUAAAUUUUAGACUCCCAAACAUUAAUUUUGUAAAUAGAAUAGAUUAGAAUAGAAGAGCAGGGAGCCCUACAACAGAUAGCAUGGCCCCUACAGACCCCCUACUGAACAUCGAGUCAGUCUAGGAUUAAAUGAAGAGACAGAAGCAAUUGAGAGAGCCUAAACAGAUAGAAGAACUGUGGCAAAUUCUCCAAGAAACUUGGAACAUCCUAUCUGCCAACAACCAAGAAAAUGUCCAGGAGUACCUAGGAGAAUUGGUGCUGUUUUGAAGGCAAAGGUGGUCACACCAAAUAUUGAUUUAGCUUUUUUAUGUUUACUGGACUUUGCGUGACAUUAAUUGAUAAAUGAAAACUAUUUAUGGCAUUAUUUCUGAAGACAUUCUUACUAUGCAACAUUUUUCACCAGUGCCUAAAACUUUUGCACAGUACUGUAUGACUUUAUUUUGCUGAACACGAACGAAGAUUUUUAGAAAAGUAUCUCAGCUCUGUUGGUCUGUUCAAUGCAAGUGAAUGGUGGCCAGAAUUUUGAAGCUCCAAAAAGCACAUAAAGGCAGCAUAAAAGUAAUCCAGAUGACUGGUUAAAUCCAUGACUUCAGAAGCCAUAUUAUAGGUGUGGGUGAGAAAGUAAAUUCUCCUACCUGCCCAGUAGGUGGCGAUAAGCACGAAGAAUGUGAAACGCCAAAAACAAUUCCAAGACGUGAAAGUGAUUUAUAGUAAAAAAGGGCUUAAAUAUUGAUCUGUUUCUCAACCACACCAAUCAUAUCGCUUCUGUAGACAUUGAUUUAACCACUGAAUUCACUUGCAUGGCCACCAUUCACUUGCAUUGAGUGAACCUACAGAGCUCAGAUGUUUUUUUUUUUUUUUAAAUCUUUGUUUGUGUUCUGCAGAAAAAAGAAAGUCAUACACAUCUUGGAUGGCAUGAGGGUGAGCAAACAAUGGGAGAAUAACAUUUUUUUUUGGGUAAACUAUCCCUUUAAUGUCAACAUGAAAUCAAAAUCGACCCUUUUUACUUUCUCAAUACACAUUCCUUUUCUUAUUGUGCAUGAUUCAUCAUUUUAUUCCAAAGGGAAAAAUAUUUGUCUUCAUAAUCUUUCUUCAAAUAGCAAGUAAUAAUGUGCUCCACCUCUAAAACUACUUUACUAGACUGAUGUCACCAAGGCCGCUUAAGUUUCAACCAGUGUGUGCCAGUGGUAUGUCAGGAAUGUAAACUCUGGUAUGGAACACCCACUUUACACAGUCAAAUCAAUUGCUGAUAGAUAAAAUCAAGUCCCGUCCUACAUUUUAUUUAUUUAUUUAUUUUUAUUUUAUUUUCUCCCCUUUUCUCCCCAAUUUGGCAUGCCCAAUUCCCAAUGCGCUCUAGGUCUUCAUGGUGGUGUAGUGACUCGCCUGAAUCCGGGUGGUGGAGGACAAAUCUUAGUUGCCUCUGUGUCUGAGUCAAUCCGCGCAUCUUAUCACCUGGCUUGUUGAACGUGUUACCACGGAGACCUAGCACGUGUGGAGGCUCACGCUAUUCUCCACGGCAUCCACGCACAACUCACCACACGCCCCACCGAGAGCAAAAACCACAUUAUAGCAACCACGAGGAUGUUAACCCAACGUGACUCUUCCCACCCUAGCAACUGGGCCAGUUGGUUGCUUGAGAAGCCUGACUGGAGUCACUCAGCACACCCUGGAUUCGAUCUUGUGACUCCAGGUGUGGUAGUUAGUGUCUUUGCUUGCUGAGCUACCCAGGCCCCCCGCCCUACAUUUUAAAGGUGUGUAAUUUCUAUACCAGUAGAAUCGCCAUACAGAACUGUAAAUAAUGUCUGUUUUCAAAUACGGUUGCAAUCAAAAUUAUUCAACCCCCCUGACCAGCAAUACAUUCUGGUGAUGUGAAUUAAAACACAUCUACUAAAACCUCAGUAAACAGUCAAAGAAAGUUUUUAAUACACAUUUAAGUGAUUUUGAGAACAAAGAGUUCAGUUUACCCAAAUUUGAAAAUAAAAAAUAACUAAUUCUCUCCACAAAUGUCAUGUCAAAAAUAUUCAACCCCCAAAGUCAAUCAUAUGUGGAGCAUCCUUUAUCCUUAAUAACUGCAAAUACAUGUUUCAGGUAAAUGUUCUCAGGCUUCGGACACCUCUCUAUUAGAAUUUUUACACAUUUCUCAUGAGCAAAAGCUUCCAGCUCAUUGACAUUCUUUGGUUUCUGUGCUGCCACUGCUUCCUUGAAAUCCCAACAAAGGUUUGCAAAGGGAUUUUAAUGAUGGACUGAAAGGGCCAUUUAAGGACAUUCCAUGACCUAUCCCUGAACCAGAUUUUGGACAACUUGGAUGUAUCCUUGGUGUUAUUGUCUUGCUGGAGAGUUCAGUGAUCACAGAGCUUCAAUUUACACACUGAAGGCAUCAAAUUUUUCAUGCCAAAAUGGCCUGAUACCUGAAAGAAUCCAUGGUGUCAGUCACAUAGUCAGGAUAGCCGUUUCCUGCAGCCGCAAAACACCCCAUAACAGGACUGACCCGCCUCCAUGCUUGACUGUGGGGAUGGUGUCGUUCUUGUCUUCACUUUGUCAUCUUACUCCAGACGUACUGCUGACCCAUGGGUCUAAAACUCAUUUUCAGUUUAGUGUCAUACGUCUAUAAAACCUUCUUCCAGGACUCCACAGGUCUUUCCUAAUUACUUCUUGAAUAUUCAAGUCAAAAUUUCCCUUGGUGAAGUUUGGUUUUCUUCCACACCCCAAGAAGGUUGUUGUUGUACCAUAUUUAAAAAAUGUAUGAAUGGUGCUGCCAACUUUGUCUAUUGGAAAUUGAAGUGCAUUGGAAAUGUACUUUUAGCCAUGACCUUUCUUGUGUAAUGAAAUAAUCUCCUCUAUUGGCUUUUGAGUCAGCUUAUUUUUAAUUGCAUUUUUUGCAUAGAAAUACAUUUUUGCUUACAACGCUAAACUUAAAUUUUAAAACUUAAAUAAAUGCCAUUGCAGAUUGAUGACUUAAUUUUGUUUUAAAACAAUUACUUGUGUAGCCUUACAUAUUUAAGAAACAGCUACAUGCAAUAGGGGUUGAAUAAUUAUGACAUGGCUGUAUUUAAAAAAAAAUCCUGCUAUUUAGAAAUAUUAGGUUAUAUAUUCAUACUAUGACUUUGAAUGUGUCACUCAACUGAUGUAGAUAUAAAGUUUAAAAAUUCUGGGUCAUCAGAAAAGCUUACCAUUGUAAAUCCUUACUGUCUUGGGGGGGUUGAAUAAUUUCGAUUGCAACUUUAGCUUUCCUGGACACUUUUCCUUCUGGUAAUAAUCAGACAAAAAGAUAGUCACAUCCCAAACUUGCGCCAUUGGUUGAGCCAGAGUUGUUGUGUCGGGAUGCUCAAACAAACAGAUCAAUGUUUUGUGCUACAGAGACACAAUGACCUGGUAUUAAGAUGCGUUUUAGAUGAUCCGAUCUAUAUGUGGUCAGGUGAGACGCAUCGCUGUUUACACCUGGUUACUUAAAUGCAUCUGCUGUGACAACUUGUGUUCGAAUGUCAUGGGGAAGGUCUCUGAUUUCAUGACAACAUACGUCAGUCACUAUAUUAUUGUGUUACUGCAUGAUAAUAAACCACAAAAAGUCAUAAAAGACAAAGAAAGCGUGAAUAAAACUGGCGCGCUGUUAUUCCUAGAUGCAUUUGAAAUGUAAUUUAAGUACAAACACAACAUUUCAAGCAGUGGAGUGCUUUUCGAUUUCAGUGGAUUAUCUGUAUUGAAGGAGCAUCAGAUGUUUAUGCUUCUCAUCUGUGUCCCUGCAUGUUGAUAUCAGACACGCUAUAGAAGAUCUGUGAAUUUCUCAUGCUUGUGUAUGUAUUAGCUUUUUAAAAUGUUCUGAUCAGAUGGUUAUUUCCCUUUAAAGCCACUCGUAACUGCAAAGUUUAAACUCUUGUUGUAUUGCAGCAUUUGAUAGACAGGUGUGUGGGUGGUGCUUCACUGCUGUCUGGGACACCUUCAGGACGGAUUAACGUUUACACCUCAAAUGCAAUGUGAUCACAUGCAUUUUUGACUACCUCUGUAUUUUCAGUGAUCCAAUCACAAAAAGAUUUGCACACCAUUUACACCUGUACUUAGCUCUGUACACCUUAAUACCAGGUGAAAAUGGGGUCUGUGUUUAUACUUUGGGGGAAUCAACCAACAAAUGGCUUACUUAUACUUGUAUAUCAGCAUAUUACGCUGAGAAGUGUUUUAACAUCAGAAAAAAAAUUGCACACAUCACCUUUAAGUAAAAAUGGGUUACGAAUUUUGUUUCAUGUUGACUUGAAGUGUUGCUCUUCAACUUUUGCAGCUCUUCAACAAUGCAACUCUGGGAUCCCUGUGGUCCGCUGAAACUUCCAGAACUAAUUGCUUGUUUGAAGUCUAUUAAUAGGCAGAUCUACAGCAGGAAGCUUGUUCUCACAAGAAGUGUGUUCAAGUUAGAACAAUAAACUACAAACAAAAAGGGCCAACAUAUUCAUAAUAAGCCUUUGCACACCAAAGCAGAACAGAACAGCAUGGUCUUGAAGAAAUGUUUACAUAGACAACGAUGCAUUGUGUAUCAGUAUUACAUUCUUAUUUAGUCACAUUGUGCUGUCCUUUAAGAGCUGAAAAUUAUUUGAUCUGAAAUGUGUUUGUUGUAGGAUUACAUGUUUUGUUCUUUAUAAGCACCUUACCUUGCACAUUUCCCAGAGCACCAGAGCAGUGUUAUUAGAAUAAUGUUAGUCUUCAGUGGGUUACCCUAAACACUACAGAGCUGUCAGUAGUACCAAAGCCUUAGUCCCCCAAGAGACCACUAGCUUCAUCAGAGAAAAUCUCUGAUGACAAAUCUGUUACCGUUUCUUCAGUGUAUUUUCAUUUUGUCUCUGUCUGCCCAUCUGUAAUAAAACCGACUGUAGUUAUCUGA